AGGAUGGUCCUCGCCUCGGUGGUGAACGAGGGGGUCCUCGGGGCUGGGUCCCGAGGACGAGGUGCCGCAGACGACGUUAUAUCCACCCCUGGAUCCCUUCCUGUCCCUGGGCCCCCAUCCAUCACUACCCCACCUUCGAACCCGCGAUGUCCAAGAUUGGCCGUAUGGGCGUGUAGCUGGUGCCCUCCUGCAGCCUACCUUCCGGCCCGUGCCCGAGAGGCCCCACCUGCCGGAGCUGGAGGAGGAGGUCCUCGCGCACUGGAGGGACAUCUUUGGAGAGCAAGUCGCGGGGAGUUCUGCUCGUCUCGGCUGGAGUGCGUGUCGGCGAGCCGCGCCCCCUAGCGCUCCAUUGGCGCCAGCUGGCCCCGACUGGGGUCCAGCAGCGCCGAGUGGCGCUCAGGUAGCUCCCAACACACGCCAGUCGUUAAAAAGUAUGUAUUUGUGGAUACCCAGAUCCCAAUCUACUUCGAGCGCCUUCCUACUUCAAUCAUCCAUAUGCUUCUGCAGUGAUUGUUAUUAUGUGGCAGGGUCUGAGCCCAAUCUACUGUAUCCGCCUUCCUACUCCAUGUUUUUACGUACGUCUUCCGACCAGCGUGUAGCGACCAAUAGCGCCCUUUAGUGCGGGCGAUGCGCUGUCGAGCGCAGUCGGUCGCCGGUAUUGGGCGCGCUAGCAGGUGCCAUGGGGACGACCGAACGCUUCCGUGAGUUGCUGUCUACCCAUCUCCAUCGACGCCUUCCGAGAGUGCCUGCGUCAGUCCGAGGGCAGGCCACCCUUCACCUUCUACGAUGGGCCUCCCUUUGCCACGGGGCUGCCGCACUACGGCCACAUACUGGCGGGGACCAUAAAGGACGUGAUCACGCGGCACGCGCACCAGCGCGGCUUCCAUGUGGAGCGCCGCUUCGGCUGGGACUGCCACGGCGUGCCCGUGGAAGGCAUCAUAGACGCGAGGCUCAAGUCGAAAUCAGAGGGCGCGCGGAUGUUCUGGCAAUGGGAAUCGCGGCCUACAAUGAAGAGUGUCGCGCAAUUGUCCAGCAGUACACUGCCGACUGGAGAAAGGUUGUCGAGCGUUUCGGCCGUUGGGUCGACUUCGAUGACAAUUAUAAGACCAUGGACUUGAGCUACAUGGAGAGUGUCUGGUGGGUCUUCAAGCAGCUGUUCGAUAAAGGCCUGGUCUACAGGUCAUUCCAUGUUACCGCGUAUAGCACCAGUCUUGGCACGCCUCUAUCCAACUUCGAGGUACAAAUGAAUUACAAAGAGGUUUCGGAUCCAUCGAUCAUCGUGAAGUUCAAAUGUGUGGACAGGCGAGAUGCCUGGAUCCUGGCGUGGACCACGACUCCAUGGACGCUGCCGUCAAAUCUUGCCUUGUGCGUCCACCCUGCGCUGACGUACUUGCGAGUGCGGAGCCGGCGCGAUGGGCAGGAGUGGAUCGUUGGGAGGGAGCGGUGGCCUUGGAUUUGCUCGCUGUUGAAAGUGGACGAAGAGAGGGAUUUCGAGAAGGUGGAGGAACUGAGCGGCAGAGAGCUGGUCGGAACGCUUUACGAGCCCCCUUUCGACUAUUUUCGUGGCGUGGUGCGGGAGGACAGGUGCUGGCGCGUGGUGGCGGACGAGUACGUCUCCGAGAGCGCGGGCACGAUGAUCGUGCACCAGGCACCUGCGUUCGGGGAGGAUGACUUCAGGGUGUGCGUUCAGCACGGCAUCAUCGAGAGGGACGGCGUUGGCAUGGUGGAUCCUGUCGACAGCAGCGGGUGUUUCACAGGCGACGUCCCAGAUUUCGCGGGCCAGCAUGUGAAAGAGGCGGACAGGGGUAUCCGGGCAUCGCUCAAGAAGAGGGGGACUUUGUUGUUCAACGGCAACGAGGUACAUAACUACCCCCACUGCUGGCGUUCCGACACGCCCUUGAUCUUCAGGGCCGUCCCAGCCUGGUUCGUCAAGGUUGCGGAGCACCGCGAAAGGCUUGUCAGGAACAACGAUCUCACGUAUUGGGUUCCUGCUCACGUCAAGGAGAAGCGGUUCCACAACUGGCUCAGCGAAGCGCGCGAUUGGUGCGUAUCCCGCAGCCGCUACUGGGGUGCGCCCCUGCCCAUGUGGGUAUCCGAUGACUUCGAGGAGGUGGUCUGUGUCGGAAGCAUCUCGGAGCUAGAGGGGUACGCGGGACGCACGAUCGGUGACAUCCACCGUCACCACAUCGACGACAUCACCAUACCAUCCAAGAAAGGAAAGGGUGUACUUAGACGAGUCGAUGAGGUGUUCGACUGCUGGUUCGAAAGCGGAUCCAUGCCGUACGCUCAGCAGCACUUCCCUUUUGAGAACAAAGAGUCAUUCGCUCGCUCCUUCCCAGCAGACUUCAUCGCCGAAGGCCUGGACCAGACCAGAGGCUGGUUUUAUUCCCUCAUGGUCUUGUCCACUCUCCUCUUCGACAAGCCGCCGUGGCAGAACAUCAUCGUGAACGGCCUCGUCCUGGCCGCCGACGGGAAGAAGAUGAGCAAGCGGCUGCAGAACUACCCCGACCCGGUCGCGAUGUGCGACCGCUACGGCGCAGACGCUGUGAGGAUGUACAUGUGCAGCUCACCGGUGGUGAGGGCCGAGCCCCUCAGAUUCAAGGAGGAGGGGCUGAGGGACGUCGUGAAGGAUGUCUUCCUGCCCUGGUACAACGCCUACCGCUUCCUCGUGAUCGAGGCGACGCGCUUCGAGCUGAGCGGUUCGCGAUUCGCUGCAGACAGUGGCCGCGUCAUGGCCAGUCCGAAUUUGAUGGACAGGUGGAUCAACGCGUCGCUGCAUAACCUCAUCAGGUUCGUGCGCGAGGAGAUGAUACCUGGCUAUCGUCUCUACACCGUCAUGGGCGGGCUGACCAGCUUGCUCGAGGAUCUCACGAACUGGUAUGUCAGGCUCAACCGUGACCGGAUGCGCGGGAAGGGCGGUUCCGACGAGGCGUUGACCUCCUUGUGCACCCUGUUCGAAGUACUGCUGAAUGUGUCCGUGCUUCUGGCACCUGUCACCCCGUUCCUCUCGGAGCACAUGUAUCGGAACUUGGCCAGGGCGCUCCCUGUUGGGCACCCCAUGAAGGCGGGGUCUGUACAUUUCGUCAUGGUGCCCGAGCACAACACUCACGCACUCGACCCUGCCAUCCAGACGGCGGUUUCGCGGAUGCGGUCCGUGGUCGAGUUGGGCCGCGGUUGCAGGGAGCAGAGGAAGGUUGGUUUAAAGACGCCGUUGAGGAGCAUGACCGUCUACAACCAGGAUCCGGCAUUCUUGGAAGACAUCCGGGGUUUGCAGCCGUACAUCGAGCAGGAGCUCGGUGUGUUGGCAGUGGUGUAUUCCGAGGAGUCCGGUAAGUUCGAAUUGAUCCCGUCCCUGAAUUUCCCGCUCCUCGGGAAGAGGUUGGGCAAAGGAAUGCGAGCCGUGCAGGAAGCGGUAAAGAGCUUGAGCCAGCACGACCUUGCGGAGUUCCAGGCUUCUGGAUUGAUUACCGUGUGUGGAGUGCACCUGAACUCCGCGGAGUUGCUCUUGACGCGGAGGAUCCUGCAUGGACCAGAGGACUCAAAUCUGCAUGCAAAUUGGGAUUUCAGCACCGUGAUUGUCAUGGAUUUCGCUCCAGAUGAAGACCUCCGGCGCAUGGCCACCUCACGAGACGUCGCAAACAAGAUCCAGAAGCUCCGCAAGGAUGCCGGCUUGCAGCCGGGCGCUGCUGUGGACAUGUGGGCCGAGGUAGUGCAAGCCAGGGACGAUUCCCAUCUGCGAGACGUGCUUGACAAGAAGGAGGAUUAUAUUAACGAGUUGGUGCGAUGGAGGCUGCGCAGCAAUUCAACGUGGGAUCCACGCGCAGAGAUCCUGAACCAGGGCGUCUACAGCAUAGAGGAGGAGGAGCUUCGCUUGACCAUCACGCGGCGCAUGCCACUCGACCCGCCAGGCGGCUGAUGGCGCAAGCUGUGCUUGACAGGCCAAGUUGGCCCCGCGCCCGCGUGGCUCCUCGGGGAUCAAAGGAGACGUGGUGGGGUGUUGUGUCUGGACGAGCUGGCAAACUUCAUCAACAGGAUGCCGCAUUUGAUCAAGGAUCCCGUUGCAUCAACAGAUCCCUAUUCGGCCCGUCUUUGGCCCAUUGCGGCCCUGCGCCGCUGUCAUCGCUUCAACAUGGACGCCCACGGGCAUUGCGGUAUUCACGCCAGUCGUCUUACCGUGUGCGUUUUUGUUCAAGACGCAUCGCGUUCACCGCCCAGCUUUUUCGGUCUUGAUGGGCGAGCCGCAGAUGCCCCCGAAGACGGGCUGUGGACACGCCAAGGCCCCCCAGGAGGUCGACUCCAAAAGGUUUCGAAAUUGCCCAAGGACGGGCCGACAGGUCCCUGAGCAGGCCAAAGAGGGGUCAAGGUGGGCCCAGCCCGGCUCAGCAGGAUAUCCAGCAUUCCAAGUGCGAGCAUUCCCGUCUCGGGUCCCACGUUGGGUCCUGAGCCGUCCAACAUAAAUUCUGGAGCGUGCCCAAA